AUGAAGCCUCAGAUCACUGAGCAUGAACACCUGAAAUGCCCAAGAUGCGACUCAUCAAACACCAAAUUUUGUUACUACAACAAUUACAAUCUUUCCCAGCCGCGCCAUUACUGCAAGAAUUGCAGAAGGUAUUGGACUAAAGGUGGCACUCUUCGCAACAUUCCUGUGGGUGGUGGUAGUCGCAAAAACACGAAACGCAUGUCAUCAAAACGUGCAUCAUCACUCUCAUCAACUUCCGAUCAUCCUAAACAGGAAGUCACUUCUUCAGCUUCUUCGUUACUGUAUAAUCCUAAUGUCACAAGGUACAUGAAUGAUCAGCAUCAAUUCGGGUCUCUUUUGGACGCUAAUGGCCAGUUUGGGAACAUGUUGGAGGGUCUGAAUUCAAAUGGAAGUAUGCAGUUGGGAGAUCAAUUUACGGAGAAUCAGAUAAAUACUGGGAUUGGGUUUGGACUUAACCCAGCUACUGUCGAUGAGUUUGGGAGUGGCAAGAUUGAUUCCGAAGGAUUUGCAGAGGCUCAAAAUGGUGUAGAUUCAAGCUGUUGGACUGGUUCUACGUCGAAUGGUUGGCCUAAUCUCGCUAUAUAUACACCAGGUCCAAACUUCUAG